AUGGCAGCGGUAGGGAGCAGGGCUCCGAUCCUGUGCUUACUGAUCAUUUGUGGUUUCAUCCUGCUGCUCUCCAGGAGUCAGACUCUAGGGUUCAGAGAGAUUGCUUUCUGGGGAGGAAGGUUCAUCUUGAUUCUGGCCCUUGUUACAUUGGCCAUUAAUUAUUUGACUCCUUAUGUUUCCUCUUUUCGCCCAGCCAGUCAUUCCCAAACAGUUGCACAAGAUGAAAUGGACAGACAGCAAGAAAUUGCACGAAAAGGUCAACAAGAUUAUUUAAACAAAAAGGCAAAGGAAUACUCUGAGGAUGUUUUAAAACCACGUGAAGCUGAAAAACUUAAAAAGCAAGAAGAAACCUUUUAUAGGAUGACAGGCAAAACCUGGAAAUUAACAGAAGGUCAUAAACUUGGUCAGGAGGCAGAGGAGUCUGAAGGUAACAUGGAUAGUGAGGACUAUGGAGAGGAAACCGCAAAUGAAAAGGCUAUUAGAAAAAGAAAACUUCCAGAGCAUGUUACAAAAGCUAUACCGAAACCUGAACAGCCAAAGCCUAAAAAGGUCAUCUGUUUACCAGAAGAACCUGAUGAACUAGAAGUGGGGGUGGUCACCAUUGCUUUACGGUGUCCUAGUGGGCGUGUUUAUAAAAGACGGUUUUACAAGUCUUACAGUUCUGUUGUAUUGCUGGACUGGAUGACGAAAAUUGGAUACCACUCUGCUUUUUACACAAUUUGCACACCAAUUCCAAAAUGUUAUUUUGAACUGAGAAAAGACUUAACAUUGGAGAACAUCGGCAUUACAAAACAUACAGUUUUGACUGUUGAAGAAAAAGAUGUACAGUAA